AUGCCAUCUUCUAUAUCAUCAACAAUCUCCUCAUUAUUGGAACUUAAUGAUGAGCAGCAGAUGAAAAGCGACGACUCGAACGAGAGUUAUAAGGAAGAAUUUGAAUCCGAGAGUCUUGACGAACGAACUGUCGUGGCAGUAGCUGCUUGUGAUUCAAGUAGCUAUGAAAAGUACACAUUUGAGAUGUUUGAAAACGAUCAAGAAGCUUCAAUUGAGAAGCAGAAGGAAAAGGUGGAAGAUGAUGAGUAUGAAGACGAAUCUUUUGAAGAAGACGAGCAAGAGUUUUCGAUGACAGUGCAGCAAGAAGGAAAUGCCGAGUAUCUGGAAGAUGAGAAAUCCCAUGACACGAUGGAAAACUCUCUUGCAUCUUCAGUUGAAAGGUGGUGUUUUAAAAAGAUUCAACACCUUCGAGCUGGUUCAUUGACCAAAAGAAUGAGUAAACCACAAGUAUGUAAAAGUCAAAGAGUCGUAGAUGAGAUUCCGGCUAAUGUUGUACAGAAAAUCAUUCAACACACACGAGGUGCUAGACAUCAAAAGCAAUCAGAUAUCUAUCAAUUUAAUUGUCGACAGAAAUGGAAGAUACCAAUGUCGGUCAUACAACAAGCUCAAACUCAAUUGUGGUUAGCAAAGUCAUGCAAUUGCUGUGAAGACCAAAAAACGGUUAGAGAAUCUCUUACAAGUUACGCAUCUUUUACAACAUUCUGUUCUGUGAAGUUAAAUGAUCUACGUGGACAAUUAACUACAGCUCAGUCGGUACCACAAAGUUCUGAGCUUAAGGUUCUUGACUAUUACACGACUAUGAUUAGACAACAGCGAGAAGUCUAUGCUGCCCUGAAUGCAUCAGAGACUUCACACGAAAAACUGCCAACUGUAGCAAUGACGACGCAGUGGCAAUUAGAAGAUUCGAUUGCUUUACGCAAUCGAGCAAAAGCGCUACUUAAGGGUGUUAGGCAAUAG